GGGGGGAGUUCAGCUCGUUUCACCGUUCACCGACGCCGCGUGACGCUUACACACGGGCACCGAGCUCGAAACGCGAGGCAGCUCUCGCGCUCACGCUCGUGAGCAAAACAACGCGUUCGCUAACGCACACCGAUGCAUUUGAAUUUAUCGUGUCCGACCGGACCCGAGCGCUUCAGUCGAUGUCGGAGUUUUAUCGCUGGAUAUAAGCCGCAACAUCAUCACCGUCAGUUGAAAGGACAGACCUCAGCAAAGAGGCAAAUUAUGCCAGCAGUACCAGAGUCCCUGUCUCUGGUGACGUGCCAGGCUGUUGGUGAGACCCUCCGCUCCCUUGCCCCUGGCAGGGUGGACGCCCCGCUCAGGCCCACGCCCGCAUCAUGAGCGCCAACGGCCCCACUUCUCCUGCUGCGACCCCUGCAGCUGCGGUGGCCGUGCCCGUGUCCUCGGUGGUACCGGCGGGUUCGUUGGCCCAGAAGAAGCGGCAACAGUAUGCCAAGAGCAAAAAACAGGGCAGUUCGGCCAACACGCGGCCACAGAGAGCUCUCUUCUGCCUCAACCUCAACAACCCCAUCCGCCGGGCCUGCAUCAGCCUUGUGGAAUGGAAGCCAUUCGAUAUCUUUAUAUUGAUAGCGAUUUUUGCCAACUGCAUGGCCUUAGCUGUAUAUAUCCCCUUUCCUGAAGAUGACUCCAACUCAACCAACCACGACCUGGAAACAGUCGAAUAUGCCUUCCUUAUUAUUUUUACGAUCGAAACCUUCCUGAAGAUCAUUGCGUACGGCCUGGUAAUGCAUCAGAAUGCUUAUGUCCGAAACGGAUGGAACAUGCUGGAUUUUGUCAUUGUUGUCAUAGGGUUGUUUAGUGUUGUUUUGGAACUUUUGACCAAAGAUGGGGAGAAGGAGUCUGCUGGAUCCCACCCCCCGACUGCGCACGGUCACGGAGGAAAACCGGGAGGUUUUGAUGUCAAAGCCCUCAGAGCCUUUCGAGUGUUGCGACCGCUUCGCCUGGUGUCAGGAGUGCCCAGUUUGCAGGUGGUGUUGAACUCCAUCAUAAAAGCCAUGGUUCCUCUCCUCCACAUCGCCCUGCUGGUUUUGUUUGUCAUCAUCAUCUAUGCCAUCAUCGGUUUGGAGCUUUUCAUCGGAAAAAUGCACGCUACGUGUUAUUUUCAAGGGACGGCAAUUACAGAAGACGAACCCUCGCCGUGUGCCGUUAACGGUCAUGGUCGCACGUGCCCCACCAACGGCACAGUUUGCAAAGAGGGUUGGCACGGCCCCAAUGGAGGCAUAACCAACUUCGACAAUUUCAUGUUCGCCAUGCUGACUGUGUUUCAGUGCAUAACCAUGGAGGGCUGGACGGAUGUGCUUUACUGGAUGAAUGAUGCUAUGGGUCUGGAGCUACCAUGGGUGUACUUUGUGAGUUUGGUGAUCUUCGGUUCUUUCUUCGUCCUGAACCUGGUUCUGGGUGUUUUGAGCGGAGAGUUCUCUAAAGAACGAGAGAAGGCAAAAGCUCGCGGAGAUUUCCAAAAGCUUCGUGAGAAACAACAGCUAGAAGAGGAUCUGAAAGGAUACCUGGACUGGAUCACGCAGGCAGAAGACAUCGACCCUGAGAACGAAGAGGAUGAUGAAGAUAGUAAACGCAAUCGCGUUACGCUGGCCAGCCUCAUGGAGAAGAAGAAGAAGGGCUUUAGCUGGUUCAGCCAGUCCUCUGAAACUCAUGCAAGCAUGCCAGCGAGUGAGACCGAAUCCAUGAAUACAGAACAUGAGAAAGAAGAUGAGAAGGCAACAUGUUGUGGCCCAACAUGUCAGAAAAUUUCAAAAUCAAAGUUCAGUCGGCGCUGGCGUCGCUGGAAUCGGUUAUGUCGGAGGAAUUGUCGUUUGGCAGUGAAAUCGGUGCCGUUCUAUUGGCUAGUGAUCAUUCUGGUGUUUCUCAACACGCUGACCAUCUCCUCUGAACAUUACAACCAGCCGAUGUGGCUCACACAAGUUCAGGAUGUAGCCAAUAAAGUGCUCCUGGCCCUGUUCACAUGCGAGAUGUUGGUAAAGAUGUACAGUCUGGGCCUGCAGGCUUAUUUCGUGUCGCUCUUUAAUCGCUUUGACUGCUUCGUCGUGUGUGGAGGCAUUACGGAGACGAUCCUGGUGGAGUUGGAGAUCAUGUCACCUCUGGGCAUCUCAGUGUUUCGAUGCGUUCGGCUACUCAGGAUCUUUAAAGUCACACGUCACUGGCAGUCUCUCAGUAACCUGGUGGCGUCUCUGCUGAACUCAAUGAAGUCCAUCGCCUCUCUGCUGCUGCUGCUCUUCCUCUUCAUCAUCAUCUUCAGCCUCCUCGGCAUGCAGGUCUUCGGCGGGAAGUUCAAUUUUGACGAGACGCAGACGAAACGAAGCACCUUUGACAACUUCCCUCAGGCCUUGCUUACUGUGUUUCAGAUCCUAACCGGAGAAGACUGGAACGCCGUCAUGUAUGAUGGCAUUAUGGCGUAUGGUGGGCCAUCGUCAUCUGGAAUGAUCGUUUGCAUCUACUUUAUCAUCCUCUUUAUCUGUGGAAACUACAUUCUUCUGAAUGUGUUCUUGGCUAUCGCUGUGGAUAACCUGGCGGACGCAGAGUCUCUGAACACAGACCCGGAUGAUAAGAAGAAAGGGGAUGAAAUUGACGAAAUUGAAGAUGAUGUCAAGGCUGGAGAGGAUGAUGAGAAGGACAAUGCAGAGGAGGAUGAAGAGGAUGCGGACGUUCCAGCAGGACCCCGCCCACAGAUCUCAGAGCUUGUUAAGAAGGAGAAAAUCACUCCAAUCCCAGAGGGCAGUGCGUUCUUCAUCUUUAGCAACACAAACCCAUUUCGAGUUGCAUGUCACAAACUGAUAAACCAUCACAUCUUCACCAAUCUUAUUCUGGUCUUCAUCAUGCUAAGCUCCGCCUCCUUGGCAGCAGAGGAUCCAAUCAGAAACUUCUCUUUCCGCAACAUUAUACUUGGUUACUUUGACUAUGCCUUCACUGCUAUCUUUACUGUAGAGAUCAUGUUGAAGGUCCUAGGCUAUGCAGAUUAUGUCUUCACUAGUAUGUUUACAUUUGAGAUCGUGUUAAAGAUGACCACGUAUGGUGCGUUUCUCCACAAGGGGGCGUUCUGCAGGAACUACUUUAAUCUGCUGGAUUUGCUGGUGGUUGGUGUGUCUCUGGUCUCCUUUGGUAUUCAAUCAUCUGCCAUCUCAGUGGUGAAAAUCUUGAGAGUUUUGAGGGUGCUGCGUCCGCUCAGAGCCAUCAACCGAGCUAAAGGACUAAAGCAUGUGGUCCAGUGUGUGUUUGUGGCCAUCAGGACUAUUGGUAACAUCAUGAUUGUCACCACACUACUGCAGUUCAUGUUCGCCUGCAUUGGUGUACAGCUCUUCAAGGGGAAGUUUUAUCGCUGCAACGAUGAAGCCAAAUCAAGUCCAGAGGAGUGCAAGGGAACUUAUAUCUUGUAUAAGGAAGGGGAUGUGAACCAGCCAAUCAUUCAGAAGCGUCACUGGCACAACAGCGAUUUCAACUUUGAUAACGUGCUCAUGGCCAUGAUGGCUCUGUUCACAGUGUCCACGUUUGAAGGCUGGCCAGCGUUGUUGUACAAAGCCAUCGACUCCAACCGCGAGAACAUGGGCCCGAUCUACAACUACCGUGUGGAGAUUUCCAUCUUCUUCAUUAUCUACAUCAUCAUCAUCGCCUUCUUCAUGAUGAACAUCUUUGUUGGUUUCGUCAUCGUGACCUUUCAGGAGCAGGGAGAGAAGGAAUAUAAAAACUGUGAACUGGACAAAAACCAGCGUCAGUGUGUGGAGUACGCAUUGAAAGCGCGUCCUCUCAGGCGGUACAUCCCGAAGAACCCAUAUCAGUAUAAGUUCUGGUAUGUGGUGAACUCCACCGGUUUCGAGUACAUCAUGUUCGUCCUGAUUUUACUCAACACCAUCUGUCUCGCAGUCCAGCACUAUGGUCAAUCUGAGCUGUUUAACUACGUGAUGGACAUUCUGAACAUGGUGUUCACCGCUGUAUUUACAGUGGAGAUGGUUCUCAAAUUAAUCGCUUUUAAACCCCGGCAUUAUUUCACUGACGCAUGGAACACGUUUGACGCCUUAAUAGUUGUCGGUAGCGUGGUAGAUAUCGCUAUCACUGAAGUCAACCCCACAGAGGCACCUCAGGUGGAUGAGGCGGGGAACACAGAAGACAGCGCUCGCAUCUCCAUCACCUUCUUUCGGCUUUUUCGAGUAAUGCGAUUGGUCAAGCUGCUGAGCAGGGGUGAGGGCAUUCGAACCCUCCUCUGGACCUUCAUCAAGUCCUUCCAGGCCCUGCCAUAUGUGGCUUUACUGAUAGCAAUGCUGUUCUUCAUCUAUGCUGUGAUCGGCAUGCAGGUGUUUGGCAAGAUCGCGAUGGUGGACCACACACAGAUCAACAGAAACAACAACUUCCAGACUUUUCCACAGGCCGUACUGCUGCUGUUCAGAUGUGCAACAGGUGAAGCCUGGCAAGAGAUCAUGUUGGCAUGUAUGCCGGGAAAACUGUGUGACCCGGAAUCCGAAUAUAAUAAAGGGGAAGAAUUCACCUGUGGAAGCAACUUCGCCAUUAUAUACUUUAUCACUUUCUACAUGCUCUGCGCCUUCCUGAUCAUUAACUUGUUUGUGGCUGUCAUCAUGGACAACUUUGACUAUCUGACCCGUGAUUGGUCGAUUCUGGGUCCACAUCACCUUGAUGAAUUCAAGAGGAUUUGGUCAGAGUAUGACCCAGAGGCCAAAGGUCGAAUAAAACAUCUGGAUGUGGUGACGCUGUUACGCCGCAUUCAGCCUCCGCUUGGCUUCGGAAAACUCUGUCCUCAUAGAGUCGCCUGCAAGAGAUUGGUUGCGAUGAAUAUGCCACUAAAUAGCGAUGGGACCGUCAUGUUUAACGCAACACUUUUUGCCCUUGUGAGAACUGCCUUAAAGAUCAAAACAGAAGGUAAUCUAGAGCAAGCUAACGAAGAGCUCCGGGCCGUUAUUAAGAAGAUCUGGAAGAGAACCAGCAUGAAACUUUUGGAUCAAGUGGUGCCCCCUGCUGGUGAUGAUGAGGUAACCGUGGGGAAGUUCUAUGCCACUUUCCUGAUACAGGACUACUUUAGGAAAUUCAAGAAACGCAAGGAAGAAGGUCUGGUGGGCGUCCACCCGGCUCAGAACAACACGGCCAUUGCACUACAGGCCGGCCUCCGUACGCUGCAUGACAUUGGGCCAGAAAUUCGGCGCGCGAUAUCGUGUGACCUGCAGGAUGACGAGCUAGUUGACUUUUUACCAGAGGAGGACGAAGCAAUUUAUAGGAGAAACGGUGGACUGUUUGGCAACCACAUCAAUCAUAUAAACGGAGACCCUCGGAGGAGCUCCGGUCACCAGACGAACGCCACCCAGCGCCCCCUGCAGGUGCAGCCACCUCCACAUUACGCCCACAUGGAGCAACCCGUGGGGCGGCUGGGUCGCGCCAACGCCAUGGCACAGCAAAAUCACCAUCGCCAUCACCACCAUCAUCAUCACCAUCAUCAUAACAAUUCUUACAACAAGUCGACCAACGUCAACCUCAACAACGCCAACGUUUCCAGUUUACCCAAUGGAGGACACAAUCGGUACUACGAGCACAUGCCAGCCAAUGGCUACCCGGGAUCGUAUUAUGGAGAACAUGACAAGCCCAGAAGCCCUCGUGGCCAGAGAAGGCGCUACUAUGAGACCUAUAUUAGGUCUCACGGCAGCGACAGAAGACGACCAACUAUACGCCGUGAAGAGGACUGCGAUGAAGAUCGCUACUCUGCGGAGUACUACAGCGGAGAGGAGUUUUGCGAGGAUGACAGUAUGCUGUCCGGGGAUAGGUACCCUAACAGUGACCAGGAGUAUGAGACACCGCGGGGUUACCAUCAUCCUGAUAGUUACUAUGAUGAUGAUGAGCAGCCCCUUUAUCAUGAUGCACAUAGAUCGCCAAAGAGAAGAUUACUUCCUCCUACACCACAAGGUCAUCGGAGGCCAUCAUUUAAUUUUGAGUGUCUGCGCAGGCAGAACAGUCAAGAUGACCUUCCUCACCAGCGUACUGCUCUUCCGUUACAUCUCAUGCAACACCAGGUGAUGGCAGUAGCAGGUCUGGACUCAAGCAGGGCUCACAGGCUUUCACCUACAAGAUCUACCAGAUCAUGGGCAUCACCUCCACCCACUCCUACGAGUAAAGACCGAACGCCCUACUACACGCCUCUGAUCCGAGUGGACCGUCCUCUGAGAGACGGCGCGAGCGGCAGUCACACAUCUAUAAGAAAGAGCUCGUGGUAUACAGAUGACCCCGAGCAGAGAAACUACUCACCCAUUCACCUGCAGGUCCCACCUGAGUACAGAAACCAGUAUCAUCAAAAGAGAGGCAGUGCCACCAGUCUGGUGGAGGCGGUCUUAAUAUCAGAAGGAUUGGGCCGAUACGCCAAAGAUCCAAAAUUUGUGGCUGCCACAAAGCACGAGAUCGCAGACGCUUGCGAGAUGACUAUAGACGAAAUGGAAAGCGCCGCCAGCCAUCUACUGAACGGCACCAUCACGCCGGCAGUCAACGGCGUCAACGUUUUUCCCAUACUGGCCCACAGAGACUAUGAGCUACAAGAUGUGACGGCUAGCUACAGCGACGAAGAACCAGAGCCCGAACCUCGGCCGCGGUACGAGGAGGACCUGGCGGACGAAAUGAUAUGCAUUACUACGUUAUAGCAUUUGACUAGCGGCUGCUGCUAAUAGUUUUCAUCGAGAACCGAUCAAAUGAAAAUAAAGUAUAUUUAUUGGCUUACUACCUAAAGAAGUGCCUUUACAGCGGAAGAGAAAGGCACCGAAAGAAUGGACGCGUUGGUUCGCCCACUUCCUGUUUGAACAGGAAGUUGCUGUCAUAGCGCCAGGAAGGAAAAGGUGAUCGUGGGGACUUCACUUAAUGCGAAGUGAAUUUUUAUUGUCACUCCAGGAAACGGACAAUUGAGCAGCGAGGUGAGGUACAAAGGGGCGGGCUGUUUCCAAGGUGAUGACAAUCAGAGCGAAUAUGUCAUUACCUCAGUCACUUUAAGGGUUUUGCAUAUCAAGCACGUUGCAAGCUCAAUGCAAGCUAAGUAUGGCAUAUCCCUCCUCGAAGGCUUUAGUUUGAAGUUACGACCCAUACUUUAUUUUAGUAACGGUAAGGUAAACUGCAUAUUUUAGAGAUCAAACGCUAAUAAUACAACACUGGUUUACAAUAAGGAUAUCAUGCAGGUUUGCGGUGAACUGGAUAGAUUUUACAAGAAGAUUUCAGCAUUUGCGUUGAAUGCACUAGCAGGCAGGUUAUUUUUUUUAUUUAGGAUAGCCUGUUUGAUAUUUCAUAAUAUAUGCUGUAAAUGACUUGUAAUAUAAAGCAAAGGAACUUUGUAAAGAGACAUAUAUUUUGUAAUUAUGUACUGUACAAAAAGAUCAGCAAUAUAUUAAUCCUAAUUGAUGUUAUUGCAUAACGAAAAGACGACAUUUGGUGUUAUUUUAAUAGGUACUGUACCUUAUUAAUUCCUCUGCCUUUAUUCUUUGCUCAUAUGCAUUUCUCGUUUGUGAAAAACUGAACAAAAAAGCCAAUUUUUUAUGAGGUUAUGUCUGUGACACCCGCACAAGAUAUGCAAGUCGUUUCUUCUUUCGAUGUCCGUUUCGAAAGCGUAACCAGUGUUCCUUGAAAAUCUACGGCAUGCAGUAUGGGUCACAAAAGUCAACCUCCUUUAAGAGGAUUUUAGUAGGGCUUUACAGAAUAGUGUCUUAUUGUGUUCUCGUUUGUGUCCAUCGUAAGGGUUCGUGCGAGUUUCAUUGCAUAUUUUGUGCAGGGGAGGUGCGCAGAAAGGUGCAAUGGUAAAAUGCUUUGUGCAUUAACGAUGCUGCUUAAUAAGUCUGCGAUUAUACUAUACGACCCUCGCCAGAAAAAUGCUGCCACACGGAGAAGCCUACAGUAGCUGAUCUAUGAAUAUUCCCCGUGUAAUGCACAGGGAAACCCAAAGCUAAUUUCAGAUCAGCGAUUAAAUUCCACCAACAGCGUUGGGUGUUUUGUGCCCUGAUGGGGACGGAUUGAAAUCUUCCUUUAAGUUUUAUAAUGAUGGUUAUGAUGAUGAUGAUGAUAAAGAGGAUUAUGACCAAAAUAUGUGCUAAUGGAAGUUUUAGGUUCCAGUCAUGCAUUUUUAAAGGGACAGCUCGCCCAAAAUGGUCUUUAUUUAUUCAAACAGGUAUGUUAAAUUUCAGUUUGUUCAUUACACUAAAGGCUAAUUUAUACUUCUGCGCCAAGUGUAUGCCCUAGCCUACAUCGUAUAGCAGCCGAUGCCGUCGUGAACAGGGCUCGUUAUAGUUGUGCGUAGGUCCUACGGCGUAGGUUCCGCGUCAGUUUUCAUUUAUACUUUUGCGGCGUCGACGUGCAAACACAUGCGCCGACCACUGGUAGGUAGUAUCCAUGCGUGUAACCACAGUAGCAGCGUGACCGUCAAUGAAGAAGCAGCUUGGCAUGUUAACCCACAAACGAAGAAGAAACAGCAACUUGUUGUGUAUGAUUUCAGAAGACCAGCAAUUAUGGAAGUAAAUAAACAGCGACUUUUGUUGCAGUUUGAGUUAAAUCACUCCUCAAGUUUGCUCAUCUUUGUUUUCAACGUCGCAAACGGAAAUAUCUAUGACGCAGUUUUUUUACCUGAC